AUGUUCGUUUAUUUAAGCAAAAAGAUUGCUAUACCAAAUAAUGUUAAACUUAAUUGCAUUGCUUGGAACAAAGAACAAGGCUAUAUAGCAGUAGCAGGAAGUGAAGGCUUAUUAAAGGUGUUAAAGCUGGAACAAUCACAAAAUGGACAAAAUAAAGGCGCUCUGGCUGCUGUUUCAAAUCUUUCAAUGAAUCAAACACUCGAUGGUCAUAAGGACGCUGUCAGAGUAGUAACAUGGAAUGAUUCUCAACAAAAGCUAACAUCAUCGGAUACAGAUGGUGUUAUUAUGGUAUGGAUGCUCUACAAAGGAUCCUGGUAUGAAGAAAUGACCAAUGACAGAAAAAAAUCAACUGUAACCGGUAUGCAUUGGAGUUCAGAUGGUGCAAAAAUAUGUAUUGUUUAUGAAGACGGUGCUAUUAUAGUGGGAUCUUAUGAUGGAAAUCGAAUUUGGGGCAAAGAAUUAAAAAAUACGAAACUUACAGGAGUACAAUGGAGCCCAGAUAAUCGUUUAAUACUAUUUAGCUUGGGAAAUGGUGAAUGCCAUUUAUAUGAUAAUCAAGGAAACUUCGCGCUAAAACUGAGCAUUCAGUGUGUAUCACUCAGUUCAAAUCGAUCAUUCAAUGUGGCAGCCCUAUGUUGGUUUAGUGGACGAAUAUCUUGUGCUCGCCCAAUAUUGGCGAUUUGUUACGAAUUAGGAAGAAUUCAAAUUAUGAAAAACGAAAACGAUGAAACUCCAAUAAUUUUUGAAACAUUAAUGCGUAACGUAGAUGCUGAGUGGAAUCAUAAUGGUACUGUUUUGGCCAUCUGUGGCACUUUAAAUGAAAUGAGUGCGUCUAAAGAAAUCAAUCAAGUUUGUUUCUUCACUCCCUUUGGCAAUUUGAUACGUACGAUUAAAAUACCUGGUAACGAAAUUACAUCGGUUUCUUGGGAGGGUUCCUCAUUACGGAUUGCAAUGGCUGUUGAUUCUUUUAUAUAUUUUGCGAAUAUUCGUCCAGAUUAUGUUUGGUGUUAUUUUGAAAAAACAGUGGUAUUCUUGAAUAGUAAUACCCUAAAGAACUCAGCAAUUGAUGUUAUUACAUUUUGGAACACAACUGUAAAUCAAAGCUUCUUGAAGGAAGUGGAACCAGCACUUUGUAUGGCUGCUUCUAAUGAUCAUUGCGUUAUUUGUGUCGAGUGCUUAAAUAGUAAUAUUAAGGAUAUUGCACUUGAAUCCUUUGAACGGAAGGGUAACGAUGAUAAAUGCUACCAGUUAUUACUUUGUAAUUCAAUUGGCACCACUGUAGAUUCGAAAUAUACUGAUAUUAAGCCAAAUUUUGUAGCUAUAAAUUCAAACUAUGUUGUUAUAGCUUCGAAUUGCGAAUUUUUAAUUUGGCACUAUUAUACGCCUAAGAGUGCCUCAACAGUGCACGUUGCAAAACCACGUAAGGAGAAACGAUUUCAUAUUGAUGAUACGCCGACUGGCGUUGAAAUGUCCAAGGACUUAAUAAUAACUGCUAGUUCGAAUAUCAAAUAUGAAGAUGAGUUUGAAGAUCCAAUUUGUGCGUUAGCUUUGUCCGAAAAACUUUUGCUAAUUGCACGGGAGUCUGGUGUUAUCAAUGAGUACAGUGUACCGAAUGUAGCGUUAAGAAAUCGUCAUAAAAUGAGCACCAAAGCUUUAAAAAUGGCUAUUAAUUGCAAUUCAACACGAGCAGCUAUAAUCGAUCAAUAUGGUGUUAUGACGUUACUAGAACUUGAUGAUAAUCGUGAUACUCAAUUAAAUUUUAGUCGUGUUGAACGAAAAGAUGUGUGGGCUAUUUGUUGGGCUAAAGAUAAUCCCUUAUUGCUGUCACUUAUGGAAAAAACUCGCAUGUAUAUAUUUCGGGGUAAUGAUCCAGAGGAGCCAAUCUCAUGUUCUGGUUACAUAUGCGCAUUUGAAGAUUUAGAAAUCACAAGCGUUUUAUUAGAUGAUAUUAUAAGUGGUGGCGAAACACAGAAUCCUGUUAGCCAUAUUUUACAAUUACGUGUUAAAUCAUUGAGAGACACGGAUGAUCUUCUACAACAUGUGGGCCUGGAAGAUGCAAAACAGUUUAUUGAGGAUAAUCCACAUCCCCGGUUGUGGCGAUUAUUAGCCGAGGCAGCAUUGAAGAAGCUUGAAUUAGAUAUGGCGGAAAAUGCUUUCGUCAGAUGUGCAAAUUAUCCAGGUAUACAAUUAAUAAAGCAUUUGCGUAAUAUACCAACAGAAAUAUUAAAAAAUGCGGAAAUAGCUGCAUUUUAUGGAGAAUAUGAAGAAGCCGAAAAACUCUAUAUUGAUGCCGAUAGAAGAGAUCUUGCUAUUAAUUUACGUAUAACUCUUUGUGACUGGUUCCGAGUAGUGCAAUUGUAUCGCAUGGGAAGUGGUAUAUCUGAUCAACAAAUGGAAACUGCAUGGCUACAAAUCGGUAACCAUUAUGCAAAUUUGCGAGUAUGGGAGAAUGCCAAAGAAUAUUAUGACAAAGCUCAUAACAUUGAGGGUCUUAUGAAUGCCUUGUAUAAUUUAGAACAAUUUGACGAAUUGGAACAAUGUAUACAGAAACUACCUGAAAAGAGUCCUCUACUAACAAAAAUGGCUGAAAUGCUAGCAUCCGUUGGUAUGUGUUCAGAAGCAGUAAACGCAUACUUAAAAUUUGGAGACUAUAAAGCUGCUAUUGAUACUUGUGUUAAUUUGAGACAAUGGGGUAAAGCAGUUGAUUUAGCUCAGAAAUAUAAAAUGCCAGAAGUCAACGCGCUUUUAGACAAGCAUGCAGCGCAAUUGAUAAAAGAAGAUAGAAUCCCAGAAGCUAUAGAACUUAAAAAGAAUGCAGGUCAGUAUCUGGAUGCAGCGCGACUACUUAUGAAAUUAGCUGAACGAGAAUCUGAGAAACGUUCAAAUUUGUUACGAAUCAAGAAGUUAUAUGUGCUUGCUGGUUUAUUGGCAGAAGAAUAUGUGAAAAAUAUAACUUAUAAUCAAAAUAUUGAUCGUAACUCUUUACUCAACUCAAUGAAUCCUGAGGAAGCUUACACAAUUGAACGUAUUUGGCACUGUGCGGAAGGAUACCACUUUAUGCUUUUAGCGCAACGGCAAUUACAGUUUGGUGUGAUACAUAAUGCUGUUAUUACAGCUUUACGUCUACGUGAAUAUGAAGAUGUAUUAAAAUUGGAAGAUAUAUAUAGCUUACUAGCUUUAGCUAGUGCUGCAGAUCGUUCAUUUGGAAAUUGCUCGAAGGCUUUUAUGAAACUUGAGUCCUUGGAUUAUUUACCAAAGAAGACUCUGCAGGAAUAUGAAGAACUAGCAGCUAAAAUUUUUGCUAAACAUGAGCCAGUUGAUGAUAAAGUAGAAAAUGUGCAAUGUUAUUCUUGCGAUAAAGCACUACCAGAUGGUUCUAUAACUUGUGAUAAUUGUACUGCACGAUUCCCACCCUGCAUAUCUUCAGGUAAGCCAAUAACACAGCCAACAAAUAACAUUUGGAUUUGUGGUACGUGUCAUCAUUGCGCCGCACCUAUGGAAAUUACACGACAUCGCACAUGUCCUUUAUGUCACAGUCUAAUUGUAUCAAUGACACUGGAAAUUUAAAUGUAUAGUGCA